UUGCAUUUUGUGCCUGCGCAUCCCUCUCCGACUUUCGAGAUCAGUAUCCCAGGCCCUGUCAAUCACAUCCACCACCAACUUGACGCUCUAUUGUCUGACCCCCCUAAUUCCUCUGCUUCUAAUCUGAUCGAAUCUUUCGCUUCCACAAGAUGAGCUCUCCAUUCGACAUCAAUGGCGGCGCGUGCGUUGCAAUGGUCGGCAAGGACUGUGUUGCCAUAGCUUGCGACUUGCGACUGGGCAUGCAGGCGUUGACGGUGUCCAACAACUUCCCCAAGAUCUUCAACUAUGCUCCCAGCGUCUUUCUCGGAUUGACGGGUCUGGCGACCGACGUACAGACAGUCAGCGACACCUUCCGAUACAAGGUCAACAUGUAUCGACUACGCGAAGAACGAAACAUUUCCCCUCAGACACUGGCCAACCUUGUCAGCAGUUCACUGUACGAGAAGCGGUUUGGACCUUGGUUUGUGAGCCCAGUGCUUGCAGGGAUAAAUCAUACAACGGGCAAACCCUUCAUCUGCGGGUUCGACAGUAUAGGCUGCAUUGAUUUUGCAAAGGAUUUUAUCGUGUCGGGCACGGCGAGCGACCAACUAUUCGGGACGUGUGAAGGACUGUGGGAGCCGGAUCUGGAACCCGAGGACCUCUUCGAAACCAUUUCCCAAGCCCUGCUAAACGCCGUGGACAGAGACGCUCUGUCGGGAUGGGGUGCUCACGUCUACAUCAUCGAGAAGGACAAGGUGACCAAGAGACUCCUCAAGGGGCGGCAAGACUAGAGUAGACUAGACUACCGGGUCCUCGAGUCUGUGUCGUGUGUGGAAAGGGACGCAGAUGGUGGAUGGAUGGUCCGGGCACGUGCGCGAACAGCAUAUGGCAUAUGGAAAACGGCAAACGGCAAAUGGCGUUCCUAUGGCUCUCCCUGAAUGGAACACUUGGGGCGUUGUGAUCGCUCUGUCUCUUCCUGUUUCUUUUCCUUGCCCUUCCCUUUUUUCCUUCUCUUUCUCCCUGCACCCCCUUCUCGGUGGAACAUGACGUUCGUCAAGCUAGCCAGCUAGUCGCUGGGGAAAGACUCCUAUGCUCCUCGCCCUCGGCUGGCUGACCAUCUCGCCAUCUUACUGUCUGACCGUCCAUCCGUCUUGAGAGACAAGGAACCGAAACACACGGGUGAGGAGGGAAAGGGCAUACAUGGCUAUGUGUGCCGUAAGUACCUCGUACCUAGGGGGCCGGGGAUGUCUGAAAGACGGACCUCCCGUUGAAAGGACUAGAGUACGUACUGGGUACCUACUAAACAACACCUUCCAAAGGAGAGGGUCAGGCAAGAGAGAAGCGGGAGAACCAGAAGACAGUACUGCGACAGAGAGGACAAGUUUUGCUUUUUCUACCAUUGUUGUCCGUCAUUCAUGGCUUCUCUUGACCCAUCUCUCUAUCCAUCC